AUGGGACUCCUCCUGCCGCCGCCGCCGCCUCCAGAGACCAGUGUGGCUGAUCUACUGAAGCGCCUGCGCGUCAGCAUCGGCCGUGACGCUGGGAGCAGCUGCUUGCGACAGCUAGCGCCCAUGUACCAGCGUCUGCUCAGCCCCCGCGAGGACACGAGCAACUCGGUGCAGCGCGAGCUACUGGACGUUCGUGCAAAGCUCCUGUCAUGCGGUCCACGCGCAGUCGUAUCGAGCGUCGUCGACCGCAUGGACGAAGUUGUCGAGCGUUGCUGGAGCAUUGAAGAGCAGCAGACAGAGCAGCGUUGCAGUGGAGAAGGAGCAGCGCCCAUCGGCGAAGUGAUGCGGUUGUUGGUGGCUUUGGCAGGCGGAGACAAUGGAGAGACGUUUGUGCUCGAAGAUCCCAUGCAGGUGUUUUACGCAACUGGAAAGAAGCGUAUCGGCGACUGCAUUCGAAUGAAUGAUAUCAAGAUCGUGCAAUGCGCCAAUGCGCUUUUCAGCAAAGCGCCAGCGUCACUGGACGAAAAUGCACUUUUUUCGCAAAGCUUGUUCGAUGACUUUGGCAAUGGCAUAUCGAGCCAACACGCCAGUCUGUGGUGCACUGACUCAGGUGAUCUUGAAGACAAAGGAUUUUCAGACAUGAUGCCAUCUCAGCAGCCUGCUCGUUUCUUCGGUCUUCCGGGUACCCCACCAGCCCAGAUCACUUUUGACUGCGAUUUGAUGCAAUCGCGUGCUUCAGCAUGUAUGAAGUCUGAGGGCCGAAAAGACAGUCUGCCGCCGAAGAAUGGAGUGUUUUUCUACGACAGCACUCAGGAGAUUCACUGCGGAAAGACAGAGAAACAAGCAGACUGGGGAAGUGCGACUGAGACUUCGUCGUGGGACUCGGACAGUUCGCUUGACACAACUGAGCCCUGGGUAGCGCGGACAUACGCGUGGGAGGACCUCGGUGAUCGGGUGGGAUUACCAGCGAGUUACUUGAGACCACCGGCUCGCAAUGUGACAUGGUCGCUACGCGACUUGGUGAUUCCCAACAACUUUGCAGGCAAGAAUGAUGCUGGAGAAACACUGCUGGAAAUCCACGAAGUAGACAUGAUUGAGGAUUUGCUGCGAGCUUUGAGUGGCGUCGACUCGACAAUUCUGCGUCGACACUUCGAGUCAGCAACAUUCCGGUUGCCUGAAAAGCACAGACUGAAGCUCCGCAACGCAACCGUGUCGUCCACAUUGUCGCUCAUGGAGGUGUUUCGUAAAGCAGGCACUACGGUCAUGCGGCUAGAACUGCUAGGCAUUUAUUAUUCUCAAGAUCCCGCGAGGGGAGGAAAAACGCUCCAGGCAAUCGGGGAUGCACUGCAGCUGUAUCUGGCAACGCAUCGGGCCUUAGUCGAAGGCAUCGCACACGAAUGUCUGGUUUCGUCUGAGAUAGUAUCAGUCGCGAAGCUUUUGAGCAAGACUAGCAUGAUGUGCCGCACCUUGGCGACCAUCGGGCAUGUAUUUGGCUGCGACGAUGACGUCUUCUGGCCGUUACUGCAACAAGGUACAUUUCCUCGAGGGGUGGCGCUUCUCGACCAUUUGCACCACCACGUGUCUUCCCUUCGUGUGGAAGACGCUACCGGACACAUACACAAUUUGGUGACAUGGUUCCUCGUCAAAGCCUGUUCCCCGCUACUGGCUGUGCUUUCUGACCUCAUCUCGUUAGGGAAGGUUGACCAAAUGACGGAUCCAUUCGACGAGUUCGACGUUACUACAUGGAGCAGACUUCUGCUAGAAAAAGCCGCUGUGCAAGGAGGAGACGGACUGUUUAGUGACGAACUGACAAGCGAGGCUGUUCAGACACUACCGGCGUUUUUGAAGAAUAUUGCGCCCCUCGUUGUUCACCUUAGCCAGGUCCAGGCGCUUUUACGAAGCGUAAACGCCAUUGCUUCUACCCACCCACUGGUAAACAUGCAACCUCUGACCUUUUUCUUCGACAGCAACAAAGCUACUGAGCACGCAGAGAAGUGGCAAUCAGCCAUCAACGAAGCAGUGUCAUUUCGAAAGGAUGAUGGUACCUUACAUGCAGUCAGCACAGAAACUCGAAGGACGAUGUCAGAUGUAACGCGUGUUGCGGCGGAAGAAUUGCUAGAGCAAAGCAUUGAUAUCCCAGAACAACGAAGUUCUCAGUUGCAGCAAACAAGCAUGUCGGACGAGCAGAUGUUGGAAGAGAAGCGACACCAUUUUCGAUCACCGCACGAGCUGAACGCCAAUGAUGCGAAGCAAGUCGGGAGUGUCGACGAAGCAGGUGCGAGUCAGGCGGUCCAUGUUCAUGCUGCUUGUCUUGAUGGUGAUGCAGGGAACCGAUCAGCGAUCGAUUGCACGGGUGCUGCGAGUGCGCGUGCUUCAGCCUUCAGUGGAGACGAAGACCGAAUGUCUUUUGCAGCAAUGGGAUCCACUGAUGGUGGUGUUUGGCGAGCUUCUGUGAAGCCGAAUAUGACACUGACAAGCUGCAGCACAAAUUCAGCUAUCGGUGGCGCCCCGAGAGAAAGCGUGUCGGUGGAUGAUGGAACUCAUUGCGCAGCGGCAAAUGAUGUCAAGAUGGUAUUGAGCAAUCUAGCAGUGGAUGAAGCAGAAGAUUCGAUGGCGAAAGAUCUGCUUCUAGAGGAUACUGUUGGUGAAGGUGUUCAACAGCAAAAUGCAAUUGGCAGCAGGAAGAACGCUAUGAGCCGGACAAGCGAGUUGGACGAUAAACUCUUGCUGGAUGCGAGUGAGUAUGUGGCGACAUUUGUUGCAAACGCUGCGCGACCGUCGCUUCCUCCGGUGCAUCCGUUCUUUUCGGCCGCUAUUCCCCGAGAUGACCUCGAGGUGUUGAUGCGUGCGUCAACUACGCAGGAUACUCCUGAGGCUGACUUCACGUCGUUUUCGUCGAUUGUCAGCUGUUGCGUUGAAACGCCCGUCCGUCUGGUUGCCCACAAGCUGGAGCAAGUGGCAGUCGAUUGGUUUCGCGAUUCGUUGCAGGUGCUUGAGCAUCUUCGUUGGCUACGUAAGUUGAUGCUCAUGGCAGAAGGCCUUUGCAUGGAUAUCUUCGCACGCGAUUUCCUUCUCGGUUUGAGCCCAGCGCGUCGCGUGGACUGGGGGGUCGAAGACCGUCUUUCAUCGGCUCUCACUCUUGCCAUGAUUGAGGGCUGUGUGCCGACGGACGCCAUGGCCCAGAACUUUCAUUACAAAUCCACUCCACUUCUGUCCCAAUUCCUGAGCAGUCUGACAAUGACUCCUGCUGUGGCCAGUUUGGUCGGUGAGAUCGAGCUGAUCUACGAUGUCAGCUGGCCGCUAGGUCUCGUGAUCACCGCCCGCUCGCUGAGUGACUACAAGCAAGUGCACCAGUUCCUUCUUCACCUGAGACUGACGUCCUUGGAACUGAAAGAAGCGUGGAGGAUCCUGCGCUCCAUCCGCCAGCAGGGACAGCUGCCAUCAGCACUCGAGCGGCUCUGCAGCAAUGCAGUGUACAGAAUGCAGGCUUUUCUCCGGGCAUUUCACGAGGCUUUUGCGACAAAGGCAAUCACGGUGGCAUGGGCAGAGCUCGAGCGACUGUCACAGAAGGCAACAACCCUGGUCGACCUCCGCCGCUGUCAUGAAGAAUAUGUAUCCGUUGCACGUUACUGCUGUUUCCUGGACGCGCCUGUCGUAGAGAUCCGCUCGGCAAUAUCUGCCGCGCUUGCAGCAGCCUGGAAGUUGACAGCGUUCCUGCGUGGUUUGGAGCGACAAACGUCAGGAAGAGUCGCAGUGGAGACGCCCACGCGCGCAUUGUGCGAUGCACUUGACACCACUCUUGACGCUUUGGUCGGUGGACUACGCAGCGUCAGUCGACAUGCGGAACAGAACACCCGAGAGUUUUCAGAUUGCCUUCUACUCCGGCUCGACUUCAACCAGUAUUACUCCACAGACACCCCUGUCAUCAACAGUAGCAGCAGCAGCGCCGGCCAAGCAGACGCCCACAGAAGCUGA